GAUCCUUGCGCAGUCCGUUGCUUUCACCGUACGUAAACAGUGCCCGAGUCAACGUGAUCGCGGUCGCAGCAUAGCCUUUCCAUGGCUCCCACAAUACAGUCCGGGUCUUCCUCCGUGGAAAGAGACCGCAAGAAACCCGGGGAGCGCCGGUCGGAGCUGGUCUGUCGAGUCAAAUAUUGCAACACCUUGCCCGAUAUACCAUUUGAUCCAAAGUUCAUAGCCUACCCUUUCGAGCCAAACAGGUUUGUCUCUUACAAAGCGACUUCGCUUGAACGAAACUACAAGCAUGACCUACUCACGGAACACGACCUGGGCGUCACAAUUGACCUUAUUGACCCAAAAACGUAUGAGAUUGACCCAAAUGCUGUUUUGCAUCCCGACGACGAGAAGCUGCUGGAAGAAGACACCCUCACACCGCAAGAUUCUAAACGGUCAAGACACCACAACUUGGUUGUCCCAUGGCUGAAGAAGACGGAGUACAUUGCGACCGAGUUCAGUCGAUACGGUCAGACCGGUGUUAACACCGAGACAAAGGUUGGCUACAAUGUCAAGAAGCUGUUCAAGGAGGAGGACCUGUACAUGGACCGAGAAAGUCAAAUCAAUGCCAUCAACAAGACGUUUGAAGAAGCCCAGAAGCCAAUUGAAGGCCACUACAGCAAGCCCAACGUUCGGCCGGUGGAGGUGCUGCCUCUGUUCCCCGACUCAGAUUUAUGGAAAUACCCAUUUGCGCAAGUCAUGUUUGACUCAGAUCCAGCACCCAUCACGCAAUUGGAAGAGAUGUCUCAGGCCAUGAUCAGGGGUGUGAUGGACGAGAGUGGAGAACAGUUCGUCGCCUACUUCCUCCCAACCGAAGACACCAUCAAGAAACGAAAAAGGGACGCUGAGGAAGGCAUGGAUUACAUGGAUGAUGACGAGUACGAGUACCGGAUGGCUCGUGAGUACAACUGGAACGUGAAGAACAAGGCGUCGAAAGGCUACGAAGAGAAUUACUUCUUCGUCUUCCGAGAAGAUGGAGUGUAUUACAACGAGCUCGAAACAAGAGUGCGGCUGACGAAGCGUCGUCUAAAACCUGGCGUCCAGCCCAACAAUUCGAAGUUAGUGGUGCGACACCGACCGCUUAACGAGAUGGAACACAAGACGCAGCAAGCCAGGCUCACCCAGCUGGAGCAGCCACAGGAAGACGAAGAGGAAGCAGAGGAGGAGGAGGAAGAGGCAGAGGAGGAAGAAGAGGAGGAGGAGGAAGAGGAAGCAGAGAAGGAAGAAGAGGCUGCCGAACAGAAAGGCUCAGAGGCAGAGUCGGAGGCCGAGGAGAAAUCGGAGGCGGAGGAGAAAUCAGAGGCCGAGAGCGAGGCCGAGAACACAGAACAGAGCCCCGCCGGGUCGAGGAAAAAGUCCGGUUCAUCAUCGUCAUCAUCCGCAUCUUCGUCGAGCGAAGAGGAGGAAGAAGAGAAGAAACGUCGUGACGAAGAGGAGAUCUUCGGCAGUGGAAGUGACAGUGACUGAGUGUGUGCCAGUGACACUGCAACGUUUCGCAACUGUGCUGUACAUAAUGCUUCUUCAGCAACCUCUCCUAAAUAAACAAGUGUGUCCCC